AGAGACGGAGCGACGAGAACGACUCUCGGAACCAAUCUGCAGAUAAAGUGGCGCGCGGGUCGGGGCUUAAUCGCCGGCCCUUUGAUUCCAUUCCCAGUCUCCGACAACGAGUCCGACAACCCGGUGCAGCCAUGGCGCGUCUCCUACUCUUCGUGUGCCUUACGGCCGCAGCCUUCUCCAUGACAAUCGCUGCCGGCCUCGCCCCCGCCACUACCGCCGCCCCCACUGCCGCCCCCACGACGGUGAACCCCCGCUGCCAGCCCGCCUGCCCCAAAAAGAAGGCCGGAAAGGUGCCCAACCUGUGCCGGUGCCAGGCCUACUUCGAGUGCGACAAGAAGGGCCAGGCGACCCCCAAGCUGUGCAUGGCGUGGCAGAACUUCGACCCCCAGGCGCUCGAGUGCACCUUCUGGGACAGGGUGGACUGCAACUGGCUGACCACGGCGCCCCCCACCACGACGACCACCACCACGCCCGCGCCCCCCACCACCACCCGCGGCCCGCCCGUGCCCGGCUGCGACUGGAGGCCCCAGUGCCCCGCCAGCGGCUCGUCCAAGCAGGGCAUUCCCUGCAAGGACUCCUGCGGCAGCUACAUCGAGUGCAAGGACGGCGACUGGGCCAAGAAGAAGUGUGGCAUCCUGCAGCCCAAGUUCGACACCAAGUCCAACAAGUGCGUCAUGUGGGGCGCCAAGUGCGCGGCCUGAACCGUGCCGCCGUGCCCGAGCGCCGGGCCGUAGGGCCCAUUCACCCAUUGAGCUUUCAAUAAACGACCUCACCAGGUUCUUGUCGCCUCAUUCUCCCUCCAAGAACACCUCCUGACGGUCAUUUCAAAGGGAAAGGAAGCAGCAGCAUCGGGGUCGGCCACCUGUACGGCCCAACCAGUCAGCUGUUGCGAGUUCUUUGUGCACCUUGUCCAAUUUUGAAAUAAACUUGACAAACAUCUCA